CUGAAAGAUCAAAGGAAGAGCGGCGAGUCGGCGUUGCAUGCAGUGGCACAUCCGCUCAGUCAGAAUCCCAGGCCAUCAUCAGUAUCUGAUCCGGUGGGAUGACAUGCAUGUUCCACAAUUCUAAUAGCAGCAGAGCAUCGCCACCCAUGCCAAACAUAUGCAUGCUUCUCUUCUCCCGGCAUUGCUCCAUCCCGAUCGAUCGCCGGCCGCCGGCUACCUCGCGGCCUUGCCGCCUUGGACUGGACACACACGCUCACGCAGAUACGGUAGCAGUUGCCACAUCGUAAUCAGCUGCCCAUUUUCCCCCCCCCUUUUCUCUGGACUUCAGGACUGAAGAAGGAGGUCCAUAGAUGUAGCUUGGUGAUCGUGACACAGCCAGCCCCUUGCCUUGCCCUCCUCGCUCGCUCGCUCGCUCGCAGGCACAUCUCUCCCCGGACCCGGCCACGGGCACAGAUCGACGACGUGGACGCCGUCCGACGCCCCGCGCAGAGUCUCAGCUCGCCGGCCACCUGUCGCUCGCGCCGGACCCCUCCCUCUUGUCGCCAUCUCUUCCCUUUGUGGAAGAGAGGUAACGCAGGCACGCCUACCAAGGGAAGGCAGGCACCCACCUUCAAUGAUUUCAAUAUAGUAACGCUGCGCCCCUCACGUUUCCUUCCAGUUCCAGCUUCCAGGGCUCCUUGCUCUGCCUUCCCCUCUCUCCUCUUGUCUGUCUGUCCUGGGCUCCUGGCGCCGCCUCGUCCUGCUCCUCGUUCGACUGGUCGGUAGACGUACAGUCACAGCGCUGAAAUGGGGGAGCAGCCGCCGCUGCAAUCGGCGCCGGAGAAGGUGUACUACGACGGCUGCCCCGGCUGCGCCAUGGACAGGAGGAAGGAGAUCCGCGAGGGCGUUCCGUACAAGGAGCUGCUCUUCGUCGGCACCACCACCUUCGCCUCGGCUCUGCCAAUAACGUCCUUGUUCCCCUUUUUGUACUUCAUGAUAAGAGACCUGCAUGUUGCCCAAAGAGAAGAAGACAUUGGAUUCUACGCUGGCUUUCUCGGUGCAUCAUAUAUGAUCGGCAGAGGUCUUGCAUCAGUCUUCUGGGGUAUCAUAGCUGAUCGUAUUGGACGAAAGCCUGUAAUUGCAUUUUCGGUAUUUUCAGUCAUUGUUUUCAACACAUUGUUUGGACUGAGUGUGAAAUAUUGGAUGGCUAUUGCUACAAGGUUUCUUCUUGGUGCCCUGAAUGGAUUCCUUGCACCUGUAAAGGCCUACUCCAUUGAAGUUUGUCGACCUGAACAGCAAGCUUUGGGUAUAUCAAUUGUCAGCACAGCAUGGGGAAUGGGUGUUAUAAUUGGCCCAGCAAUUGGGGGCUACCUAGCACAGCCUGUCAAACAAUAUCCACAUCUCUUUCAUGAGAAGUCAGUGUUUGGAAGGUUCCCAUAUUUAUUACCAUGUUUAUUUAUCUCAUUUUUUGCUACCUUGGUUUUCAUAAGCUGUGCAUGGCUCCCAGAGACCCUACAUAAGCACAAAGGCCUUGAGAGAGCAGUUGAAAUGGUAGAAGGUUCUACAGCUCAAGAAAGAACAGAACCACCUAAGAAGAGUUUACUUAAAAACUGGCCAUUGAUGUCCUCCAUUAUCACAUACUGUGUCUUCUCCCUUCAUGACACUGCAUAUGUUGAGAUAUUUUCUCUAUGGACUGUAAGUAAUAGAAAAUACGGCGGCCUUAGCUUUUCAUCUAAAGAUGUGGGCCAAGUUCUUACAGUUGCAGGUGCCAGUCUUCUAGUAUAUCAACUCUUUGCUUAUCGUUGGGUUGAUAAAACUUUUGGACCUAUCCGCUCAACCCGAAUUUCGUCGGCAUUGUCUAUACCAAUAAUUGCUGCUUAUCCCUUCAUGACAAACCUAUCAGGAAUAAGACUUGGUGUGCCGCUCUACAUUGCAGCAAUGCUGAAAAGUGUAUUUGCAAUAACUAGAGUUACUGGCACUUCUCUGCUGCAAAACAAUGCUGUGCCGCAAGAACAAAGGGGCGCUGCAAAUGGAAUAGCUACAACAGCAAUGUCUUUGUCGAAGGCUUUUGCUCCAGCUGGAGCAGGCAUUAUAUUCUCAUGGGCACAGAAGCGCCAGCAUGCCGCGUUCUUUCCAGGAGACCAGAUGGUGUUUCUGCUACUGAAUUUGACAGAGCUCAUCGGGCUGAUACUGAGCUUCAAGCCUUUCCUGGCAGUUCCCCAGCACUUUGAAGGGAACUAUACAUUACUGCAGUCCGCGCCCGCUUCCUCCCGUACGCCGCCGUCCCCCGACGGCGGCAUCCUGCUGAGCGGGUGCCAGACGGACGAGACGUCCGCGGACGUGGCGGCGGACGACGAGGCGGCCGACGGCGGCAAGGCGUGCGGCGCGUUCAGCAGCGCGGUGCAGGCCGUGCUGGCGGCGCACCCGGCGCCGCUGAGCAACCGGGAGGUGGUGAGCCGGGCCAGGGAGCUGCUCCGGGACCAGGGGUUCGAGCAGCACCCAUGUCUCUACUGCAGCGACGCUAAUGCCGACGCGCCGUUCCUCUGUCAGCAGCAGCACAAGGAGCCCGCCGCCAUUCCCGCGCUGUGAUUCUCUAUGAUUUGUGUCAGCGUGGUCUUCAAUCUUCAUUACCUGUGAAGAUGAACACACACGAACCAUCAUGAUGAUUACACGCCAAAUGCCAUUGUUACUGA